AUGGACGGGGGCGCGGCGCCAAGCGAAUCCUCUGCGCGCAGCACCAAUGACGCGACCCGGGAGCCCCAUGCAGGCCGCCCGGCUCUGAACCCGCGGCCACCCAGGCCGUGGUCGGUGAAAGCGGGCAGCCCGCGUGAUACGGCCGGUGGGUUUGCGGACGCGGCAAUCGAGAGGAGGAUGCGGGUCAUGGAGGUGGCGCUCCAGGCGGGCGGCAGGCUCGCGGGCGAGGCGAUCGAGAGGAGGGUCCGUGCCCUGGAGGACACGCUCUGGACAGGCGGCGGGUUCGCUGGCGCGGCGGUCGAGGAGAGGCUCCGCGCCGUGGAGGAGGCCGUGGCAGUGCUGGCCGACGCGGCGCUCGAGAAGCGAAUCAGCGCCGUGGAGGAUGCGAUUCGACAGGAGCGCAAGGAAAGGAAGGCGGUGAAGUCUUUCGGCCAGGUCGAGGAGUCUGAGGAGCUCGAGGUGCCUGUGCUGAAUCAGCGUGGGUCCCCUGGACCCCCCAGCAGCAGUAAUGACAGAAGGUCAGUGACUCCACUCAUGCUCGAUUGUGGGGACAUGUACACCAUGCGCGAGUCAGUUUGGGACUCGAUGCUCUUCUGCGGGCACAGCUCGAUUGGUCUCACGAACUCGGUGAUGAUGUUCUCAAUCUGGUUUCUUAACCUGAUUCUGCAGUUCAUGUUCAUUGUGAUCAUCGUUUAUCUGAUGACGCAGUCUGUCAGCCUGGAUUCAGAUGUACUUGAUGGCCUGCUCAAGUUUAGGCUCGGUUUGGCGCACAGAGCCGAGUAUGCAGACAAGGUGACGCAACGAUCGAUGGCCCAACAGAUCUGCGAUGGAGAUUCUAAGCUGCACCUGGCUGGUGAGCAGACGGGUCUUUACACCGACCUCAUGGAGUACGUUGGUGGAGGCGUCGUAGCUCAGUGCCUCGUUGUAUUCAUUCAGAUCCUGUGGCUCUGCACAAUACUGAAGGAUGUCGAUAUUACAUACAGCAUAUUCAGAGCAGUGUGCCAGUGCAGGAUGGGGAGCCAGACGAAGCUCGUGGUUGGUGACAUGGAUGAACACGAAGACGACAGUCCUCCCACUCUCGUUCGCACAGGAGCUCGUGACAUUGGUGUCGGUGAAGAUGAUUCUGGCAACCUGUUCGACUUCAUGAAAGUCGUGCGCAUGGUCACCGUGUGGCCUGGCCGCGUGGCAUUCUUUUUCUUCAGCGUGUGCCUCCCGAAAUUGCUGGUGGCCAGCCUUUUGUGGUGGUUCGGGGCCAAGUGGUUAGCCAACACGGUGAACUUCUCCGAGCUGAUCUUGAACGGCGUGGCGCUCGCCUUCGUCCUCGAAUUCGACGAGGUGCUGUACUCGGUCCUCAUGCCUCGGCGAACCAAGACGCUGAUCUGCAACUUGGAGCCCCUGCCAAUGCCACCGCGCAAACCAGGCUCCAGGCUGUCUGGAGUGAGCACCGCUUUCACCAUCGCCCUUGUCAUGACCAUAAUCUCGAGUUUUUACAUGUUCGUGGUCUUGCCGAUCAAUUGGCAAAUCCUCCAGGGCGAGAAAAUCGUGUGA